CCUCAGUCUCUCCUCAUAGGUCUUGCGCUCCAGCCCCCUAACCAUUUUGGUCGCCCUCCGCUGGACCCUCUCCAAUGCAUCCACAUCCUUUCUAUAGUGGAAGGGCCUGGGAGCCAAGACUCCUGGAUUCUCAAGGCUGGUUCUGUUGCUGCCCUGUUUCCCUGCGUGGGGGUUAGUUUACUGCAGAGCCGGUUUGCAGACUAAUACUGGGUGGCGCCCCAGCUAAUUAACAGCGGGGCUAACAAUGCUGAUGACAGCGGCACUGGGUGUAGUGGCUACACCCCAAAGUGGGUGUGCGCGCUUGGCGAGGUGGAGGAGUCAACUUCUGGCUGUGGAAGUUUUGUGUUUUGGCGCAAUUAAAACCACUCUAGCUAUAGAAAAUCCACGUGAACCCACAUGUCCUGGGGAGAACCCAGGCGUCCGGGAGGAAGUGAACCCCAAGGUCGGGGGGGGGGGGGGGGAAGAACCCAGGCGCCCGGGAGGGAGUGAACCCCACAGUCUGGGAGGGAGAUCCCAGGCGUCCAGGAGACCGACAGACACAGCAGUCGCCCCCACACCUGUCACGCGGGUGAGGCGCUGCGGGGGGAGCAAGGACCCUCCCCACAGCCCGAACCCUAAGCUGAGAUCCCGCCGCGGAAGGGAGGUGUGGACGCCGCGGGGAAGGCCACGUUCGGACAGGCUGGCCGAAGCGCAGGUCGCCCCGCAAAACUGGGAGGCGCAAUCCGAGCCGGGCCGGGAAGGGAGGACGCGGGCAAAGGAGCAGAUCCGGGCGAUGAGCGCCCGGCAGAACAAGAGGCACCGGCGGGAGGCGGAUAAAGGGGCGGCAGACUGGGACCGAUCUCGCGAAGCGGGCGGGGCGCAGGAGCCGGCCCCGCCUCCACCAGCUGCUCCCUCCCUAUAAAGGGGCCGGGCCCGACCCAGCCCGCCGGUAGCUUCACUUCCUGCGGGCGCUGCCUUUCUGGGACAGGUGGUAGCGGCUUGGGGGGAGGCGCUGCGGGAUACCCCUAGGAGUCCGAGGUGCUGCGGCGGGUAGUGGGAGAGACCCCCGGUGUCCGGGCAGCGGAGAGCUACCGUGUCCGGGAGAGAAACCAGGCGUCUGGGGGACAGGGGAGGGACCCUAAGCAGCCGGAACAGAGGGAGGGAAAUAAAUCCUAGGAACGCACCUGAGACCCCAGGUAUCUGGGCGGGCGAGAGGAACCCCUCCAUCUACAGUGGGGGAGGAGUCCCACCCUGUGCUCUCUUUAAACCCCCUCUGGGUGCCUGGAUGGGGGAGGAAGAGGAGAACAAGAGGAAGAUGCCAACUGGUACAGGAGACCACCCAUUGCCUGCCCGUGCUGUUGUGGGGCUACCUGUAGGCCCCAUCACCUUGAACGUGGGGGGUAAGUUCUACACCACCACGAUGGAGACUCUGACCCGCUUCCCUGACUCCAUGUUGGGUGCCAUGUUCCGGGGUCCCCGGCCAGCCAGCACUGACCAGCGGGGCCACUACUUCAUCGACCGGGAUGGCAAAGCUUUCCGGCACAUUCUCAACUUCCUGCGCCUGGGCCGGCUGGACCUGCCUGAGGGCUACUCGGAACUAGCUCUCCUGCGGGCUGAAGCAGAUUUCUACCAGAUCCGACCCCUGCUGGCUGAGCUGAGCCAGCUGGCAGCUGAGUGCCAGCGCCGCCAGACCCGCGCCGUGCUUCACACCGACAUUGACUGCCAGGAGCGGUUGCUGCAUUUCACUGUGCGGCAUGGGCCACAGAACUACGGCCUCAGUACCUCUCCGCUCCGCAUCUUCACUGCCAAUGUCUUCUGCACGGAUGGGCACUUCUUGGAGCUAUUGAGAGACAGGCUGGGCCAAGCCAGUGACGGUGCCAGCACCGAAUCUGAUCACCAGCUGGGCCCAUUGGGUGCUGCCAGGGAUGGGGAGUCCAUUGACACUGAAGAGGAGGGAUCUGGUCACGAGCUGUUCCAAUAUAGCCUUGCAAAGGAGAAGGGGGAAGCCCGGAGUCAGCACCACCUGCAUCUGGAAUGGGCUCCACGGCCUCCAGACCUGCCCGAGGUGGAGUAUGCCAAGCAGAAAGUGAGGUCCCUCUGGACAGCAGCACCAGAUGGGCGGGAGGUCAGCACGGCAGCAGAUUUUUUGGAGGAGGUGCUAAAGGCUGCCCUGGAUCAAGGCUUUCGGGUGGAUUCAGUCUUCCCCGACCCAGCAGACAUCCUCAACUCACGCUCGCUGCGCUUUGUCCGCCACUAAUCAUGGAGGGGGCAAGGGAAGAAAGAACCGGCCAGGGAGCGUGGAGGGUUGGGCUUGCUCUUGCGCGGUGGUGGGCACAGAACAGAUUCUCUUUGCCUCACAAUGGAUCCUUCAUCCCUUUCAAUGCCUUGGGCUCUGGGGAGCAGUGCCUGGUUGGACUCUGCUGCAGAGAAAGCAGGUCAGGGAAAUGAAGACCCUGGGAUCAGAACCAGCACCAUUGACCAGGGAUCACAAGGGACUCCCAGCUCCUCAGCCUGGAGCUCCAUCAGCUGCUUGGGGGAGGAAGAGGCAAAGACGGUCACAUUUUGGAGGCACUUUUAAAUGCCUGUAUCUGCA